GGGAAACUUUUGGUUGCCACAACCAUGAUAAGUACCUGGGUAGACAACCAACGCUCCAUUUCUAGAAACAUCGUCCACAACAUCAAGCACUCUGAAAUCAACGCAACAAUGAGAUCAGAACAAGAGGUUAAGGAUCUGCUUCGGCACGCCGCCAGAAGUCUACAGCCAGCUGGACUUGUAGAGAGCGUUGCGGGGAACACCAGCAACGACAUGAGCACGACAAUUGCAGCUGCUUUGGUACUUGUAACUCCAUUCGAAUAGAAUCGAAUGGCCCAGCAGAAAGAAUCCUUCAGCGAGUACGCAAACAAAGCACCAACGUUGGUGGAAGCAUGUCCACAACUCGAUAAUCGUGACAGUGAAAAUCCGUGGAUUGAGGGGCUUGGCCCAAAUAUAAAUUUGAGGUUUUGGCAACCAUCUGAUAUAUCUUGGGUGGUAAAAGGAUCAGUCAGAAUAGGAGGAUGCAUUCUUUGGGAUGAUAUGGGUCUUGGAAAGACUUUACAGGCAUGCGGCGUCAUAUGUCACAUAAAAAUGAGAGAGAGAAGGGCAAUAAUAGCGUUGGGCAACCAAAACUUAGCCUGGUAAUCGGCCCUAUUGCAGUUCUUAACUUUUGGAAAAGAAUGGUGGAAACCCUUUUGUCCGAAAAGUUUCAAGCACACUUGUACUGCGCGGGAGAGAAAACACGAAUAUCGAGCAAGGAAAGCCUCAGUAGUUUGAAAAGCCCUGGUUAUCAUGUUUUUGUUAACAAAUUCGAAUGACUGAGGACAAAGCACAAAGGCUAGAAUAAAUCCGAUCUUCGAGAAGUCUUUGGCACGGUCAUUGUCCAUGAGGCUCAUACCAUCAAGGAUGAGAAAACUGGGACAUAUGGGGUUCUCAGCAACUUAGCCCCCUAAACUUUCUGUUGUUGACUGGCACACCUGUCAUGAAUCGGCAUAUUGAUUUGGCAGCCAUACUAUCCCUCUUCCGGCCAGAUAGACUUUGGGAGGAUAUGGGAUGCGACCGAAAGACCAAUCCUUUUCGCCUCGAGGACGGCCACCCCUUUGCCGUAUUGAUGGCAAACAGUUUCGCUGUCCAUCGAUACCUCAACACGCUUCCCGAUAAAGAUCAAGUCAAACGUGGGGAGUGGCUGGGUAAGAUCCAUGACGUAUUCCCCCUCAAGCGGGGUUUCGGUACAAUUAUCGAUGGAGUCUCAAUCGGUUCUGCAAUUUCACCGGUUAAAACCAGCAUCAUCGAUCUGGAUAUUGACGAGAAGGAGGUCAAUGUGAUGGGGGUUAUUCUGGCCGAAAACAAGAAAGCAUUGGUGUAUGAGAAUGAAAAUGGUAUCAUGAUCAUGGAUGGGAGAAAGUUUCGCAGCCUGAUCCAGAGUGUAACCCGGCGUUCGUUUGCUAGCCUAGAUUCGAACCAACUGAACCCUCAGAUUCUUUCUGAGGAAAGUCCACGAAGAAAUGUGUGCAGAUCUUAGUUUCCAGCCAGAUACAAAGGAUGGCACUCAGUUGCUAGAUGUGUUGUCACAGCAAUCUCCGAAGCUAAAGCUCUUAUAUCAAGUUAUCUUAGAUCUGGUGGUAACUGGUGGUUCAAAGUUCGUUAUUUGGACAGAGAAUCCGUGGGAGCAAGUCUUCGUCAAAGUGGUAUUGAAGUUCAUUAAAGUCAAUCCAUACUCCUUACAUGCAGAAAUGAACAAUAUCCAACGAGCGGAAUUGGUUAAGCAAUUCAACGAAAGUGGAACCACUCACAUGAUCCUCAUUACGACAUAUAAAGUUGCAGGAGUCAGUUGCGACUUCCAAAAGAGAUGCUCGAAGAGAAUGAUAAUGAAAAAUCUAAACGACUAAAGCAGUUGUUCGAUGAGAUGGAUGGAAUUGAAGAAUUGAGUGUAGGCCAAAUGAUCUCUACUCAUGGUCAAAGAAAUGGAUAGAGAUUGAAAAAUAUCUUUUUCGACUUGCUUUUGAUGGAAUGAAAACUAAUUCAAUACAAUUCUUGAGAUGCUCGAAGUGUUGGUGGGGGUGUAGUAUCCUGAAAGAGAAGAAACAUUUUCGCAUUUUCUCGAUGAAGGGGUAGGCUCGUUUACCCAAACGUCACAACCUCCAAUUUUCCGCAUGCGUAUACAUUCUCCCAUCUGUGGCACUUGUGGUUGUACAGAAAAAUGGACGAAUCAACUUUGUAAAAGAGGGAGAAGAAGAGACUGAGAUUUUUCAAGAAGUUUGAAAGUCGAUGCACCAUACCAAAGCCAUGGAGUGAGGCGGGAACAGCCGCAGCAGGGCUACGAGAUGCUGAGCAGAUGACGGAAAAGAGGCAAAGAGAGAGGUUGAGACUCAUCAAGAAGUUCGGUGCAAGUGCCAAAAUUGGAGACUUUCCUCUCACAGAUGCGGAGAAGGAGGAAUUGAAGAUACAAGGAGACUCUACGAACCCAAUGACUAUGAUCAAUGAAGCGGUCGAAAGCGACCAACCGAGUACUCAAAACUACCUAGCCUUGUUAAUUCAUAAAUCUUCACGUGAGCAAGUUUCAUUUACUCA